GGUGAUGGUCGCGGGGACCGGAGGCCGCGGUGAAGGGCGCGGGGUCGGGACCGGGGGCUACGGUGAAGGGCGCGGGACCGGAGGCCGGGGGCCACGGUGAGGGGCGCGGGGGGGGGGGGGGGUCGGGGCCGGAGGCUACGGUGAGGGGCGCGGGGCCAUGGGGCGCGGCGUGGUGCUGUUGGUGGUCGCCUACGCUGGGCUGUUGUUGCUGGGAGCACUGGGGCUGUGGGCGCUGGAAGGGACCCCCGGGACCCCCCGGAUUCCCGGGACCCCCAACGCCUCCGAGUGGGACCUCGCCACCGCCUUCCUCUUCGUCACCACCCUCCUCACCACCGUGGGCUACGGCUCGGUGGCCCCCCUCUCGGCAACCGGCAAAGCCUUCUGCAUGGCCUACGCCGUGGUGGGCGUCCCCAUCACCAUGUUGACGUUGACGGCAGCCGUCCGACGGCUGACGGUGCCCUUGGUCCACCGUCCCCGGUUGUACCUACAGGCGCGAUGGGGCUACAGCCGGCGUGGGGCCGCCCAUAUCCACUUCGUCUUCUUGGUGGGGGUCACCUCGGGGGUCUUGGUGCUUCUCCCCGCCGCCGGGUUCUACGUCCUUGAAGGUACUUGGACCUACUUGGAUGCCGUCUACUUCUGCAUCAUCUCUCUUUGCACCAUUGGGUUGGGGGAUCUCGUGCCAGCUGAGCAACCGGGUCAACCGUUGAGGCAACUCUACCAAGUAGCCGUAGCCGCGUAUCUGCUGCUGGGGUUGACGGGAGUCCUGCUGUUGGCGCAGACCUUCCAUCGGUUGGCCGAGCUCCACGGCAUCACCGGCGUCGCUGGCGGCAUCUCGGCACCGGAUGAAGCCGCCGAGUUGUUGGAGGGGACAAGGGAUGAGGAGAAACCAGCCAGGGGGGGCCAAGGUGGGGGGGGGAUCCAUCAAUGGGUAGCGUCGGUGGCAUUCCUGGGUAGGGAUGGGGGACACCGGGGCGGGGCAGGGGGGGCAAUAAAAGGGUGCCCAAAGCAGGUUGGUUUCACUGUGUUCACCCCAUGGUUUGGGGGGGGGGGCCAGGGAGGGCAGUGAGGACCCAGGUGUCUGGGGUGGUUUCCGAUGAAAACAUUGACAUUUUUGGGGUGUCAAGGGGCAGGGGGGCCCAAUCCCAUGAGGACUUCCCAAUCCCAUGGCAGGGGGGGUCCUAGUGUCAAGGGGGGUGUGUGCAAGUGCUAGGGGGGUGUCCCCAGUCCCAUGGGGGGUCCCCCCACUCCCAUGGGGGGGGUCCUAAGCCCAUUGACGGUGGGAGUCCCCAGUCUCCAAGGGGGUCCCAGUGCCAUAGGGGGGGUCCCAAUCCCAUGGAGGGGUCCCAGUCCCAUGGGGGGGGGUCCUAGUCCUUGGGGGGGGGGGGGGCACCAGCACCAUAUGGGACUCAGCCCCACGGGGUCCCAGCACCCCUGGGGGGCCUGGAGGGAUGUGGGGGGGUCCUGCCUGGACCCAAAUACCCCCUCCAGUCCCCCCCAAAACAGGGGGGGGGAGGGUCAGGGAUGAAAACCACCC